AUAAUGUGUUCCUAAUCAUUUUUUUCUGACUUUGUUCUUCUUUUCAUAUCCAAUUUUUUCUUUAGAAAUUAGCAGUAACCAUGACAACUGUUAAAAAAGCUUUGUGUUUGAUUGCAUGAAAACAAUUUUUGGGGAUUGUAAGGAAAAAGAAAAGGAAGAAUCAUGCAAAGUUCUGGGUUUGUGCCGCCACUGAUCAGUGGAGCCUGCGCUGGAUUCGCGGUCGACGUAUCAUUGUUCCCCCUCGAUACGAUAAAAACAAGACUACAAAGUCGACAAGGAUUCCGAAAAUCUGGAGGAUUCAGCGGAAUAUAUAAAGGAAUCGGACCCGUGGUAUUAGGAUCAGCACCUGGCGCUGCCAUGUUUUUUGUGGCAUAUGACACUUCAAAACGGUGCCUCAUGAGUUCAAAAUUUAUGUCACAGCAUGAAACUGUUUCAUACAUGAUAUCGGCAUGCGUUGCUGAAGUGGUGGCAUGCACAGUACGAGUACCGGUGGAAGUCAUCAAGCAACGCUCACAAACAAUGGCGAAUAAGUCAAGCUUGACAAUUUUACGAAAUACGCUAAAACAUGAGAAGUUUAAAGGCCUUUUUCGAGGAUAUAAGAGUACUGUUUUACGAGAAAUACCGUUUUCUUUGAUACAAUUUCCGCUCUGGGAAUAUGCAAAACAUUCGUUAUCAAAACGAAAAGGCAGAGCAGUUUCGCCAUGGGAGGGCGCAUGGUGUGGUUUUUUCUCGGGAGGAUUUGCUGCUGCGGUUACCACCCCACUCGAUGUCGCUAAAACUACAAUAAUGCUUGCUGAGAAGCGGGAUCACGCUGCAGUAGGACGCAUAUUUCCAGUUUUAAAGGAUAUUUACCACCGGAGGGGCGCUAGAGGUUUAUUUGCGGGGGUCGUACCUAGAGUCAUGUGGAUUUCGAUUGGGGGGUUCAUCUUUUUGGGCACCUAUGAUUUAGUGUCAUCGCGUUAUAGGUGAUUUCUUUCACUUCGGUUGAGAUUGCAAGAUUUAG